UAGGCGCUUGUAGAAGCCAAUUCACUCCGCCACGCCUGUCCUCUGUACCUGGUUUAUUGUCACUGCAAGCCUCUGGGAGGUGAAUAAAACUUGCAUAAACUCAAGUUCAUCACUGCAAAUAACAGUCCGUCUCGGCAUGUGUCGCUAGUUGAUAAACAUUUGAUGGGAACUUAUGCAUAAGCAGGCAUGGACAUCAAAUCGCAACAGCAGUGGGAGCUCUGAAUUGAGGAUCUACCCGUCUUUGGCAUGUUCUGGAAAUUAAUGUUUAUGGGAUACCAUGUAGGCGAUGCUGAUCGUUGGAAUCAACACUCCCACCAGUGAGGAAAAAGUUCAUCGUUUAUAGAUGUAACUUCCUCCAAACUAAUGCAUGACCAUGGAUCCUGAAGAGGUGCGGACGGAGCUGGACCAGAUUGCUGUGCGGCUGCAGGAGGAUGGCCUGGCUCCGGGGGCCAGUGCUGAGGAGCGGCAGUGCCACUUGUGGCGGGAGCUGCUCCGUGCUGAGGCAAAGUUUAACUCAGCAGUCCAGGAGCUGCAGACCUUACGCACCCAGCAGGCCAAUGAGAUGAAGGAGGUGGAGAGCUAUGUGGAGCACAUCCGUGGGCUGCUGGAGGAGCGAGAGUGUCUGACUGCAGAGUAUGAGAGGGACAAUGAGCAGCUGCGCCUAGAGCUCCAACAGAUCAGUCACCAGCAAGAGAACCAGAGCAAAGAGCUGGCAGAGAUGUUGGCCCAAGAGGACCUAGGGGAGAUGGGUUUGAGCAGCCCCAGUGAGCAGGUGGCAUACCUGCUGGUGGAGAGAGCCACACUGUUGGAGAGGUUGGAGGCUGCUGAGAGGAGGCUGGACAACCACAGCCUUACCGGCAACCUUAGAGAGGUCCAACUGCAGCAGGAACUGGAGCACAUCCGCCACACCAUGGGGGAGGAGCUACGGCAGCAGAGGGCAGAUGCACAGAAAACCAAAGACAACAUGACCAAGCAGUGUUCAUCCCAGAGUCCGUGGAGGAAACUGUUUGGGCUGCGCAGGUCUGGUCCAAGCAAACACAUUGGUGCUCCCGUCCACAGUGAGGAGAUUUCCCGGGAGCAAGGUGAGCGCCAGCGGCUGGAGCGGGAUCUCGAGGAGGCAUCCAGCAGGCUGGCCAUGGCCCACCAGGACAUCCGCAGGCUCACCAAUGAGCUGGAUGCUGCGAGAAACAACAACCUGGGAUUCAGCGGAUCUGAACUGGAGCGAGCAGGUCAAGAAGUGGAGAACCUGAGGAAGGAGGUGGACAAACUCAAACACUGUGAUAUGGUGGAGCUGCAUAGAGCCAAGGAGCGCAAUGAGAGGUUUGAUGUCGAGAUCAGAGCUCUGAGAGACAGAGUGCGCACCUUAGACUCUGAGAAGAAACAGCUCCAGGAGAUGCUGGCAAAGAAUGAAGCUGUGAGAGGUGCUGUAGUCAAAGAGGAGGAUCAUAAGGAAAAGGACACGGGCACACAGCCUCAAAACAACUUUGCUGGCUUGUCAGCUGAAGACAAGGAUCACGUUCAUAAACGGUGUCGCGAGGCAGUGGAAGAUGGGCUGGUGCAGGUUCGUGAGCUGCAGCGGCGCCUCCAGAGGCAACUCAAGGAACAGGAAGAGCUAGUAGAGAGGAAUGAGGAGCUGGAGGCCCUGCUGGGGGAGGCCCAAAAUGCCAGCAAGGAGGAGAGGCAGCGCCACGAGGGAGAACUGGAAGGAAUGCAUAGGAGGAUCAAAAGCCUGGAAUCAGAGCUGAAGAAGCAGGGUGCCCAGGACAAGCCUCUGAAGAAUGGAGAAGAGGGCAAAGAGACGGAGUCCUUCUUACAGCAGCUGAGGGGCAGCAGCCAAGAGAGAGUGGCUUUGCUAGAGGCUCGUUUGACUGAGGAAAAGGAAUGGAGGAAACAGCUGGAGGUGGAUCUCACUGCUGCCCAGGCAGCCCUAAAAAAGGACAAGGAGGCUCUGCAGAUAGGGGAGAGAGAGCUGAAGAAGCUGAGACUAGAGGUCAACGGUCUUCAGACAGAAUGCCAACAAGGGAAAACGCUAAUUAAGAGCCUCACACAAGUCAAGGGGGAAAAGGUGGUUCUAGAGGAAAAGGUGGCCCAGUUGGAGCGUGCCCAGAGCCGGCUGCAGAGCGAGCUGGAGCGCCACAAGGACAGCGGCUGGACCCAGGAGGACCUGAGGGAGAGCAGGUUGCAGGUGGACCUGCUCCGGGAGCAGGCUGACAGGCUAACUGCUGAGCUCACAAGCCUGAAGACAGCUCACAAUACACUGAGGGAUGAGAUGGUAACUGAGCGGCGAAAAACCAGUGAGCUCCAGGCUGAGCUGAGCUCCAGGGUCCAGGAGAAGCUGGCAGCUGAGGGGGAAAGAGAGAGGCUGGAGCUGGAGGUGCAGCGCCUCAGGAAGCAGCUCCAGUGGCAGCAGGAGCAGCUCUCCUCCAGACAGGAGACACCCAGGAGCAGCCAGGAGCCUGAGACACACACAGAUAGCACAGAGUCUAGUGCCAGUCCAACAGACAAGGCCAAAGAUGAAGGCAAUGAUCAGCUGUCCUGUCUGAAACAGGAGCUGAGUCAUCUGCAGGCGAUUUUGGACGAGGAGCGGCAGCUGGCCGCUCAGCACCAACUGGCCCUGCAGGCACAGGCCAAUGAGGCCCAGGCACACACCAAGUCCCAGGGCUCGGUGCUGAGCCAGAAGGCAGAGGAAACUAAGCAGCUGAAGCAGGACCUGCAGAGGGCCCAGAGCUUGUUCACCUCUGCAGAGAGAGAGCUGCGCUAUGAGCGGGAGAAGAACAUGGACCUGAAGAGACACAACACCCUGCUGGAUCAAGAAAAACUCAAGCUUUGUGCAGAACUGAAGCAGGCCCAGGCCAAGCUGGUCCAGGUGGAGCUGAAUGUCCAGAGUCAGACAGCUGAGUGUGAACGCCAGCAGCACAAACUCCGAGAGCUGGAGCUGGAGCUGGCACGCAACGCCACAAGCCGCAACGCCACCACCAGUCUGCAGGAGGAGCUGCAAGCUGAGAGGGCUCGGCUUAUCGCUGCUGACAAGAAGGUGUUGGAGCUCCAGCAGCAGCUGAAGAGCGUGCAGCACCAGCUGCGUGUGGAGGAGGCUCGGGCCGGGGAGAGCAGCCGCCUGGAGAGGGACAGCAGGGAUCUGUCUGACACCUUGUCAGCCCUGAGAGCCCAGCAGCAGGAGGAGCACAUCACCAGGAAGCUGUUAGAGCAGCGCGAGGUGGAGCUUCAGCAGCAGGUGCGCUCCCUGAGGCAGAAGGAGGCUUCCCUGGCCAGGACCAAUGCAGAGAUCAGCCACCGUGCCCAGCAACUGGACACCCGUCUGGCCAUUCUGGAGGCCGAACACAGCAAGGCCAGAGAGGAGGAGAAAGACAGCCAGAGGGCUUAUCACAGGCGGCAGGAAGAGCUUGUGGCCAGUCAGCAGGAGUGUGACAGGCUGCAGGGGGAGCUGCAGCAAGUGCUCCUCCAACUGGACACACAGAUCAGGAAGUACAAUGAAAAACAGGGCCAGCACAAGACCAAGCUGCGUCAGGCCAAGCAGAUCUACCUGAAGGCCACGGCACAGAGAGACCACACCAUUCAGAAACUGGAGAAUGACCUGGCACUUGCCUCCAGCCUCUCACACAAGGAAAAGGAAUGGAUUCAAACAGUGAUGGAAGAAAACGAGAAGCUGUUGGCAGAGAAGAGGGAGCUGCUGAGGAAGAUGAGUGAGGCCGAGGAAAUGGGCAGCAAUGGCUUGAGGACGGCCUCCACUGUCCAACACAGGGUCAAUGUCUUGGAGGUGGAGAACAGACAACUGCAGGACCGAACACUGAAGCUCUCCAAUCAAGUCAGUUCGCUUGAGCGCGCUCUGAGGAACGUCCAGUCAUUUUACAGCCUGGAGAGUGCCAAGAAAACAUUCCCCUCGGAAAGUCUUAGUGAUGCCAUCCUGCAUACAUCUGCACUAAGCGUUACGUCAGGUACGUGUGACCCGCUGAGCAUCCUGGAUGCCAUCUGCCGUGUGAAGGUGGGCGAGCGUGUGGAGGAGAGCAACCGAGGCUCCAUCUCCACCCCCCAGCCGCAGCCGUCAGAGCUUGGCUACUUGAAUCUCACGUCCCCUGUGGUUCUUCCAGGAACCAGAGAGCCAGAGGAGAGACCCAACAGCAGUGGCAAGGUAUGAGAGCACUGAAGAUGCCAUUGGAUACCAGCGUCUGGAGCUGGUUUAACGGACCAUCCAGCUCUCUUUAUAACGUACGCGUCAAGUAUUCACAACAAGUAUUCACAAUGUAUUUAAUGCUUGUAAAAGAGAAAACAGAACAGUAUUACUAAAAUGGGGCUUCCAAAGCAGUUCUGCUCAGGGUGAUCUCUUUUUAGCGUUAUAUACCAGUUCCUUGUUUGGCCUGUGAACACUCCCUUUUGUUACGGGUUCAGACUUGGGGGAGGAGCUCUUAGAGUGAACAUAUGAGAGGAAUAUGUUUAAUGUCUGUGUGAGAUUCAGUUAAAUAUGUUCUGUGUGUGUUUAUUUGAAACAUAAGGAUGGAAUGGGAGCCUCAGCUUUCACUCGAGACACAAUCAUCUGUGAAUGUGCAAAUGUGUGUUAUUGCCUGGGAUUUGGUCAAAUUGAAUCGCUUGCAUGAAGACACCAAAGCAAAUCAUAUGCUUGAAAGCCUGGUGGGGACUUGGUGGCCAAGAUAAUGAGCAUUUUACUCAGUGGUACAGAGCAGGGCCAGUAACUUCAGACUAAAGUGCAGCUAAUGCAGAAGAGAGCUUUUAUGAGGGACAAUCAGAUGAAAAUAGUUCGAAAUGAGCACUUUAUAAAAAAAAGUUUUGUUUGUGACUUGGUUUACAUACAGAAAAAUGUAGCAGUGGAAAAGAAUAUCAUUGGUACUUAUUUUUUUACCCCGUCAAAUUUAAAAUCGGCAGUGUUUUCUGUGAAAAAAAAAAAUGCCUAUGGGAUUACGUUUAUGGUUUUACUGGCUGAAAAGCUCUUAAAAGUUACAAAACAGUGUUUGUUAUAAGUGAGCAAAUUCAUGCUGAUAAAGUGGUAUGGGUUGAUAAUCACUUUUUUUUAUUGGACUGUGUGUAUGGCACCAGGCCUAACUGUAAAUAUUGGAUUAUUGUUGCUUUAACUUAUAGCUCGUCAGCUAUAGCCACUUAAGUAUAUACAAAAUGCAGAACGCUGUGUUAAACUAAAGUGUUUUAAACUUUUAGCUAAAAAAAAAAAUGAGUUAUCAGAAAAAAAAGGUAUUUUGGUAAAGGAGCUCUUAUGUUGAGUUCUUGAGCUCAAGGUGAAGAACAAUCAGUUCAAAAUGAAUAUUUCUUUUGGGACCUGGGAUCAAAUAUGCAUUUACUAUUUCAUGCCACUCUCAACUGAUUAAGGUUGGUGUUUUUUCCUCCUUUUGGUUUUUUUUUUUUUUUUUUUUUUUUUUGGUAUCAUCUAGUUGUACACUGUGGAAAGCAUCGUCUUACUUUGUCUUCAAUGUGCCUAAACUGAUGAAGUGUUGAACUUUGUCUUGCUGCUAAGGUAAAAAGAAUACCAUCUAACAAUAAAAGCCUUUUUGUGAUAGACACGCUCAUUGAAAAGUCACCAUGGACAAUGAUCUUUGCCUUUUGUUGUAUCCGUGUAAAUACAUUUUUAAACACAAAUAUUUUCAUAAAUAAAGUCACUGAAUCAUGAUCCUA